AUGUCCACCACUACUGUUACUGAGACCAUCGCCGCUCCUGCGCAGAGCCUUCGCAUGCGCGUCGACGGCACGGACCCCAAAUUCGGCGAUUUCAGAGAUGACCUUGCCCGUGACGGCUACGCAGUUGUCAAGGGCGCCAUACCCCGUGACCGGGCUUUGAAAUAUGCUGAUGAUAUGUAUUCGUGGCUAGAGGGCUUUAAACUUGGCUACGACCGCAAGGAUCCUCAGAGUGUUCACAAGGAUAAACUUCCUGUGAUCAAUGAGAAGGGCAUGUGCUUGCAAUAUGCUGUCGCACAUGAGAAAUUUACCUGGGAUGUUCGCUCCGAACCCGGCGUAGUUGAGGCAUUCGAAAAAGUCUACGAUGACAAAGAUCUCAUUGUUUCUUUCGAUGCAGUUAAUUUUGGAUUCCCCAACCGUACCGACCUCCCUGCCAACAAGCCAUGGCCACAUCAGGACCAGGACCCUUCCAAGCCCGGCUUCCGUUGCCUUCAAGGCUUGGUCAACCUCCUUCCCAACGGUCCCAAUGACGGUGGUCUCAUUGUCUGCCCCGGCGCCCAUCUCCUCUCUGAAGAAUUUCACCGUGACAUGGCCGACGAAGAGCGCAUUCCCGCCUGGACACCUGAAUGGUACGGAUACACCGAGCGAGGAAUGAAGUGGCUCGAAGACCACGGAUGCAAGUGGAAGAAAGUCUGUGCUGAGCCCGGUGAUCUUCUCAUCUGGGACUCUCGCACCCCUCACUAUAACCUCAGCCCUAAGGGUGAGACCCCCCGUUUCUGUAUUUACACUUGCUAUAUGCCCGUCGCGGAUGCCACACAGGAGGACCUGCAGCGCAAGAAGGAGGCAUUCGAGAAGCGAUUGGGAACUACUCACUGGCCUAACGCAAAGCACACUGGUUCCAACAUUGCUAAACGUGAUGGUCAGGAAUGUACCAGCAAUCGCUUCGAGCCGGUUAAUGGAGUCGAUCUUGGCGAGCGAGCUUUCAAGCUUACAGGCAUUCCUUAUAUCAAGGCCCAAGCUUAG